GCAGGGGGCGGGUCCAGCGACCGCAGAGUGGGGCGGGGACGGAGCGUGUGAUAUCGACCUCACGACACUCGCACCGCGCGUGCGGCGAGUUCUGUCCCUGCGCGGCCGCCGUAGCACGCCCCGGAGGUUGCUAUGGAGGCGGCGGGGCCUUGGUUUGCCUGGCGCUGAACCGCGCGGGAAGCGGCGCGGCUGGCGCCCCGGCACCAUGGAGGACGAGCUCUACCUGGAGAACAUCGACGAGUUCGUCACCGACCAGAACCGCAUCGUUACAUACAAAUGGCUGAGCUUCACCCUGGGGGUUCAUGUCAACCAGGCUAAGCAGAUGCUGUAUGAUUAUGUAGAAAGGAAGCGAAAGGAGAAUUCAGGAGCUCAACUGCAUGUCACCUAUUUAGUGGCAGGAAAUCUCAUUCAGAAUGGACACAUUUGCCACAAGGUUGCAGUAGUGAGAGAGGAUAAACUGGAAGCAAUGAAGUCUAAGCUAGCCACGAUUGCUAGUGUGCAUGUCUACAGCAUCCAGAAAGCCAUGCUGAAGGACAGCGGGCCCCUCUACAAUACAGACUAUGAUAUCGUCAAGACAAACCUGCAGAACUGCAGCAAGUUUAGUGCCAUUCAGUGUGCCGCUGCAGUCCCCAGGAUGUCAGCUGAAGUUCCUCAAGUUCAGACGUCUGCACAGGCUGAUUCCCAGACACCAAAUGACACACAUGCUGUCAAUGUGCCUACAAUCAAUGGUCAUGUCUCAUCAACUGCUAAACAGCCCUCCCCUCAGCCGAAAGGGAUCAUGGGAAUGUUUGCUACAAAAUCAGCUUCCAAAUCCCAAGACACAAAUAAAGAAACUAAACCAGAGUCCAAAGAGACAACAAUUGCAACUACAAUAAGCAGCAAAACCUCACCCAAAGGGAAUGCAAUGAGCAACUUCUUUGGAAAAGCUGCCAUGAAUAAGCUUAAAGUCAACUCUGAGUGUGAACAGCCAAAGGAAGAAAAAACAGUAGCCAAGCCCUCAGUUUCGGUAGUGGAACCAAAAUCACCCCCUAGUGCAACAGUGGAGAAACCUGGGAAGAAAAUGGAGCCCAUGAAAAUUCAGCAGAAGGACAAAAGAAGAGCGAAGAGGGUGGAUAUGUCAGAUAACGAGGGGAAAGAGGAUGAAAAUCUGAAGAAAAAGAGGAGGCGAAUCAAGCGACCUCAGUCUGACAGCAGUGAAGAUGAAGAUGUCUCUGUAUCUCCCGCACCUCAAGAAGCUACUCCCCCCUUGCCUUCUCCAGAGCCUGCACUGAAGAUUGAACUAGAACCAGAAACGACGGAGGCUUCGACAGGAGGGAAGAAGCGGAAACGGAAGCGCGUGCUGAAAUCCAAAACAUUUGUGGAUGAUGAAGGCUGCAUGGUGACCGAAAAGGUUUAUGAGAGCGAAUCCUGUUCAGAUAGUGAAGAGGAAUUCAUCAAGUCCAAGCUGCCAGCUGCACACAGUCAGUCCACGGCAGCUGUGAAGAAAGAACCCAAGGAGGAUCGGAAGGGCCUGAAGAAAGGGGCAGCCACAGCCAGCAAAGCCAACAAACAAGUCUCCAUCAUGGGCUUCUUCCAGAAGAAAUGAACUGAAUCUCUCCCCACGAUCCCUGGGCGGUUUGGAAAUGUCACUCCUUUCAGUCGCUUUCGGCUUUGGAGGAGAACAACAGAUGGGCUACCCUGGUGGGAAAUAUCUAGUUUACUGUGGAAGUAAGCUGUCUGCACCAGGUUUUGCAUCAGAAAACUUAAUUGUAUCCAUAUCUUGUAAUUCUCCUUCUAUGCUAAGCCAUAUAGAAAGCAGUAGCUGGGAGCAAGCUCUAGAGGAACACUUAGAGAUCCGUUAAUUUGUUUACAUGAUGACAUUUAAAAUUUUUAAGCAUGGCCUUUGACCUGUCUGGUCCUAAGGCCUAUUCCAGGAGUAGAUGGACGAAAUAAGAAGCUAAUCCUUUUAGUGGAAUCAUUUGAUUUUUUUUUUUUGUCUUGUUUGUUUAAACGUUCAGGUUGGUUAAAAACUAUAAUGUAACAGGCACACACACAAAUAGUGAACAUCUGCUGCAGUUAUAACUGGAUGAAAUGAAUUUGAUUUCUCCCCCAAGGCCGGUAAAUAGUUUUCUCUCUGCCUUUAUAAUCUUUGUUGGACAAAGUACCACAUAUAAAAUUCUCUCAACCAUUUCUUCCUUAAGUACGUCCUCUGUAAAGUGCUUGGAUGCCUAAUUAUAGACCAUGGCACUGCUUGUGCUCCAUCACUCUUUGCAAAAACAUCAUUAAUGGCUUCCUACGCAGUUGGAUAUAGUGAACCUGGGACAAGGCCGAAGCCCAGCCAGCCACUGGGAAAGGAACUGUGUGCUCAGCUCUACGAGUGGGUGGUUUUUGACUCAAAGGUGGGCAUGUGGGUGGGUUGUCCUGAUGAAAGUGGCAGUGUACUUGCCUGCAUCGUAGCCAGGGACAUAAAGAAGUAUGCAGCUCCUCUUUGUUGGCUUUUAUUUAUUUAAAGUCUAAUAGGAAUGUGCCAUGUACAAAUUUUUUUUUUUUUUUUUAAAGUCUAGUGUCUAAGGAAAUGUGCCAUAGCAAAAUACUGGUCCCAAGGAACCAACAGCCUGUGAAGAUGUGCAACACGUUGGGGCCCAAAUUGUCAAAAAUGACUAGAGAUUUCAGUUGUCUGAGCUCUUGUUUACAGCUAAAAUUUAGAUGGACCUCUCUAUGUUGCUCAGGGGCGUGAAAAAUUAGGUUAAGAUGACCUAAUCCCCAGUGUAAACGCAGCUGUGUUGAUGGGAGAAUUCUUUAGUCGAUCUAACUAGCACUGCUCAGGGUGGUGGAUUCUGCACAUGGACAGAAAACCCCCUUCUGUUGAGCUAGGCAACAUCGACACUAUGGUGCUACAGGUGAGUAAGGUUUGGCAUGUUUCGGACAUGUUUUAAUGGAAGUAGAGGGCCACCAUUGGAAAAGGAUGGAAAUCUUUACAAUGAACUUUUGUAUCUUUCCCAGAAAAAUACCACUUCAAUGUUUCUAUUUUUCUUGGCAUACCUGGAAGUAUAUUCUAAGAGUAAUGUUAAAUAAUAAAACCCUUUAAACACUUAC